GGAGACUGGGCGGCUCCUGAGAAGCGAGUGUAUGUGUGGUCAGGAUAGGUAGAGCUGUGCAGCGCAAGGGACCGGUUAAAAAAGAUGGAAAAGGAAGCAACUUCAACUUGACUGGAAGUUGCACCAUGUAACAUGGAAAACGUUCCCUACAUCCAAACAUGUGAUUAUUCAGAGGGUUAAGAAGUCUUGCCUAGCAGUAGGUGUGGGAGAAAUGGAGAUGCAGUCUUACUACACCAAACUCUUGGGAGAACUUAAUGAGCAACGGAAGAGGGACUUCUUCUGCGACUGCAGCAUCAUUGUGGAAGGGAGGAUUUUCAAGGCACACAAGAACAUUCUCUUUGCCAACAGCGGCUAUUUCAGAGCCUUGCUAAUACACUACAUCCAAGACAGUGGGCGGCACAGCACUGCUUCUUUGGACAUUGUGACUUCUGAGGCCUUCUCUAUCAUCCUUGACUUCCUUUAUUCGGGGAAGCUGGAUCUUUGUGGGGAAAAUGUGAUUGAGGUGAUGUCCGCAGCCAGUUAUCUGCAGAUGACUGAUGUGGUCAACUUCUGCAAAACAUACAUCAGGUCGUCGCUGGACAUCUGUCGGAAAAUAGAGAGGGAGGCGGCCUUUUACCAAGCUGACAGCGGGACUGCCAACUCUGCCAGGGAGGGCACAUCCUACAGCACAAAGAGCCAGUGCUCGGCUUCCGUUUCGUCCCUGCAGGAGAAGGAAAGGAUCCCAGAUUGCCAACGUGAUCCUCCCUGUGGGGAAUGCAGCAGCUGCCAUCCUAUCGAGCUUGUAGUGAGAGACCCUAUAAGCAGUGACUCACCAGAUGACACUAACUCUUCACUGCCCAAAGUAGUGGAACCAAAAGUGGAAUUCGAUGCAGACGAUGUGGAAGUCGAGGUGGGUGAACGGGUGCCACAGUACCCAACUCCGUUGACCAUCGAGCAGAUAGAGGAGGGGCUUCAUAGUGGCCAGGCAAUGGAUCUGGCCUGCAAUAAUUAUCACAUGAAGCAGUUCUUGGAAGCCUUGCUACGCAACAGUGCAACCCAGAGAAAGGACGAUGUGGUACAUCACUUUGUCCGUGGUUUUGAGGGAAGGUCGGAAGAUGCAGGUGUCCCCAUGAGUUCCAUGAUGGACAUUCACAAUGACUGGUAUGGAGAGGAUACAGGGGAUGUUCUAGUUGUGCCAAUUAAGCUCCACAAAUGCCCGUUCUGCCCAUACACAGCCAAACAGAAAGGAAUUCUGAAGCGACACAUCCGCUCCCAUACAGGCGAGAGGCCGUAUCCUUGUGAGAUUUGUGGCAAACGCUUCACACGGCAGGAACACCUUCGAAGCCACGCUUUGAGUGUACAUCGAUCGAACAAGCCAAUAAUUUGCAAGGGCUGCAGAAGAACGUUUACAAGCAGCCUGUCCCAAGGCUUGCGGCGUUUUGGCCUGUGUGACAGUUGCACUUGUGUCACGACCACCCACGAGGAUUCAAUGCCCAUCAACCUCAGUCUGAUGGAGCCUUCUUCAGAAGGUCCGGAAAAAAGCGAGCCGGACAACGACUGGCCCAUCUACGUAGAAUCGGGGGAUGAAAAUGAUCCACCUGAUGACGACGACGCUGAUCCAGACCCUGAUGAAAAGCAGAGCCUGCAUCGAGAGGUGCUUAUGUAGCACCAAAAGGGGAGAUCUUAAUUGGGGGGUUUUUCCCUGUUAUUUUUUUUUUACUUACAGCUGGGACCUGCAUAUUUAUCCAGAUUUGUGAAGGGGUUUUUUUUUGUAAUAUUAAUAAAUUCCAUUUUGCUAGGACAGGUAGGAACAAUGAAUUUGGAAUUCUGAAUGGUUUUUUGAGUUGUUAGUGCUGUGCGCUACACGUUUUGGAAGGGAUUUUGUGAGCAAGCAGAAGCCAUGUUCCUUACAAUUUUGAAGUACGGGGCAAGUCGACUUAUCUUUGUAAACGAUAAUCUUCUUUGUGUGUUUGUUUCUCUCUUUCACAAUUGUCCUUCUCCCUAUCCUCAAAAGGGAUGCUGUCCUCUUUAUAAGAAAAAAUUGAGACAUCAGGUUUCAUUUCUGGGAUAUUUUUCUAGCACUGUUACUCUCUUCUUCCUGCUAUGUUACUACUAGUUCUUAAUGUUAACUUUGGAGAUAUAGUAUAGAAUUGAACCAAAGCCAAUGGGGAUAAAAUUUGGUUACAUACACAAGCAUAUCCAGUAAGCACAGACUUCCAAGGCAAUUACACACUCAGCUUAGUUUUCAUGGGUUUUUUUCUCCACACCUUCAUUUCAAGUAGGUUGGUCAGUCUUGAAUUUUGGUAAAGAUUCUGUCCUUGUUAGGUAGGUAAGCAGCUGCUUCACAAAUAAUGUAAACUGGCUAGCGAGCCAAAGAUCCCUAGGUCCUGAAAAGGUUCAUGGAGCUGGCAUCACAAGAGACCUUUCCCAGCUGGGCCAUGUGAGCACUAUUAGACCCUUCAUUUAAGGGAAAGAGCUUUCACUGACACUCUGCAUGCAGAAGGCUCUGAGUUAGUAUCCUGCCAUCAUCACUUAAAGAAUCUCAGGUAGCUGGUGUUGGGGAAAGAGCUGGUGUGCUGGAGAGAUGCUGCUAAGCAGAAUAGACAAUCCUCUAAAGGGACCAAUGAUCUCAAUGUGCAUAAGGCAGCUCUAUAUCUUCCAUUCCCACCUUUUAGAAUGAGCACCCAAAACUUCUUGUAGUAGAUAACAAGACAGCUUUGUUACCAUCCUGUUCUGACACACAACCUAUUAAGCCUCUCUUUCAGCAUUACCAACAAUGCUGUGUAGCUUCCUUGCACAUGUUUCCCCAUACUUAAUUGCUUUCUUGUGAAUCUGAAGCACUGGGAGGGCUGAUGUGACAACAGCAGGAAAUCCUUCAUAAUACAGGGAAAUAAGAGAGGAAUAAAUGCAAAAAGAGGAUAGGAUAGAAAGAAAGAGGCAAUUCUGAACCCCUCAGUUCCUCCCCACCUGUCCAUUUUUGUUAAAGUUAGCUUUCAAACUCUGGCUGCUUCUAGCAAUACUAAGAUUCUGGACACUGUUGCUGGCUGGUUAUGCUUAAUGGGCACAAACAGGCCUAUCCCCUUUACCAGCCAUGGUCACACUAGCCAGAGGCCUUCCAGUCCCUUUCCAACAUGGCUCCUUUGCUGUGGUUUACAAGUCAGAUCUCAAGGGACUGUUUGACUUGUGGAUAUGCUUUUUUCAGCAGAGAGCACCUUUCCUUGAUGCUGUAAGCUCCCUGGAGUCUCCAGCAUCAGGGGUAGACUUCUUCUGCUGGAGAAAGGUGCCUCUACUGCCUGAUCAGAUCCUUGGGACCCAAGCCUUUGCCGCUGUGCUCUGACUCACUAUUGUCUUGUAUGUGUUUCUGCUGCUUGUACUGAUGGUAGAAUUUGUUGGUUCUCAAGAUGGGUUUCUGUAUUUGUACUGUUUUCUGAAUGUUUCUAGUUACAGUUCAAGUGUGGACUUUCCCUUCUUCUCACUGAAUUAGGGGCAACAAAAAUUGGCUUCUCGAAGAAAGCAGAGUUCACUUGGUUGACUUCUCUAGCUCUGUCAACAACCAACAAGGUGAAGGUAAUGAAAGUUACUGAAACAGUAGAUUCUGCAAAAAGUGUCAGAUCUUCACAGCCAUGUGUAGCCACCUUGGUCCAGGAAGUAAUUCUAUGCAAGCCUGACCAGAUGAAGAAGUAACUCUGAAAUCGCCUUAAGAAAGGGAUUUUGUUCCUCUUAUACAGUGGACAGACCUACAAAGAAAAUGUACACGCAUACAAGCUGUCUGUCCUGCUGGCUGCAUUCUGCAUCACUUGUGAAGUGUGAUGGGUCUUGUCACGUACUACUUUAUCUGUCUCCCAGGUGAAAUAUUAAUUCUGUUGUGAUUUCACAGACUGCAAGCAGAAAGGGAGCAUGAUAACACAAAUGUAGCAUUGUGACAUUAGCACAAGAUUAUGUAGGAUGAAAACCAGGGCAGGGGAAGAAGCAAUAAUUUUGUUUGGACAUCAUGAUGUAGCAAAAGAAAGAAAUGUACAAUCUGCUUGCACCCAUUUCCCUUGAAAGAAUCAAGGCCCUCGAGUAUCAGUCAAGAGAAGUCACUAUAUUUUUGUUGGGUUUGUUUACUAAUGGGUGAGUCUCCAGUAAUCGCAUCAUUCAUAAACUGGUGCUAAAUAAAGUGGUCCCACCUUAAAAGCAGUAAGCAAGCACUUUCCAAAGGACUCUAUCAGCAACAAAUAGGUUGGCUUUACAAACCAGUUUAGACUUGCUUUGGGCUCUGGCUUGAAAAUAGAUUCUUUCCAUGUGUGGCUACCAGGAGCGUGUUGCCCACAGAAAGCCAGCUGGGAGCACAAGAAGUGAUGCUAACCAAUUAGCAGGAGCUCUGGGAUGCUCGUCCUGUUUGCUGUUCUGAUGGCUCGUCACUUGGAUGACAGCUCUUCAGAGACCGCUCAAUUACAUCCACUGGGGACGGAGCAUGGACUUGUGUGCCAAAACAACUCCUUACUUUUAUUUUACACAAUGUGUAAUGGUCUGCUGAGGCAUGUUGACAAGAAAAUUCAAGACUUUUCUGGACGUAAGAUCUGUGAGAGAUAUGUUUUACUUCGGACUGCUUCCCGUGAUCUUUAGAUGUUUUCUUAUGUACUUUGUGAAUAGGGAAUGAAUCUCAACGUUUCUAUGUAGGGUGGGCGGGAGAGAAAUUGUAGUCUCGUUCCAGUUCAGCCAGAAUUCGGAUUUUUGGCUCUUCUGUCUCACUUGAUGCUUUUCGAGUGGACCCUGUCUGUCAUGUUGUGCUUCAUUGGAAAUGAUGCACUUCAUUGGCUUGGCUGAGGUUCUUAUAAAUCCAUUGCAUUUCUUCCUCGGUUUGAGGAUGUUUCCCUCCAUUAUAAAAACUGAAAGUAUGGUGCAAUCCUAAAGAUGUUUCAUGUUCUGCUCAAAUAGAAAUGGGUUUGCUUCUAAUGUGCUCCCCCUCCUUCCCCCUCCCAUUUUUUUGGAAAGGCCACGAUCUCUCUAGAAUGCUCUUGUCAUUGCUCACUUUUGUUAGGGAGAAGCUAAGCUCCCCCCCUCCCCCAAACAGAAAUUCUGUUUCUCUAUGUGUAGUAGAUGAAUUAAUAGCCUGUUGUACUGCUUGGUGGAACAUUUGCUUUCUUGCAGCCCAAUUCCUCGGUCCUUAAAAACACUUUUUUAAAAAAUUGGAUCCUGUUGAUCAUAAUACAACUCACUUAUACAUCGGUUUCAGGGUUGCAGUUUUAGCCUUUGAGAAAUUCAUAUUUAUUUGGUUCACAAUGAAUGACAAUUUUGAAGCUGAAAUCACUAAAGCUAAUUUAACAAAUGAAAAGUUAUAAUUUGUAUUAAUCUAAUAGCAUACACCUGCUAUUAAAAAUUUAGGAACACGGUCCUUUAAAUCCCUGGUUUAAUCCACUACUGCAAAAAAAGGGGGGAGGGAUCCCCAAUGCAAACCAAACUACUGUGAAUGAACCAUUGGAAAGACUGAUUCAAUUUCAGUUCUGCUCCUAAGUAGUUUCCAUGUAAGUGAACGCCUGUUGUUUCAUCCUUCACAUUAUGUAUGCUAUUGUGGGGACUGUCCUGUGAAAUCAGUGGGGUAACAGCUGAAUAAACUUCUAAAUUACCACUGCAAAAUUGCAAUGGUCAUUGCAUUUUGCCUUUCCAGCAUGUUGGUAAAGAUGAUACCAACUGAACCAGAAAUAUUUAUGUAGCACCAUAUGCAUACCUGGCAAUUUAUCAAACAUGAUACGCACAAAGACAGAUCCCUGCCCCAAAGGAGUUUACAGUCUUAGAGCAGACAAUGGGGAAUCAAAGCAAGAGGAUGAGGGUGGUAAAAUGAAGGGGAUUAGACAGAUUUGAGGAGGACUGCUCUCUUAAUGGCUACUAGCAUGAAAGGAACCUCCGCACUCAGCUGCAGUAAGCCUUUGAAUCCCAGUGCCAGCAGUCAGUAUCAAAGGAAGGCUUUGGCCACUAUGUCCUGUGUUUGGCCAUCCAGAGUAACUGGUUGGCCACUGUGUGAGAUAGGAUGCUGAACUAGAUGGACCACUACUGUCCGACUUGGGACAUAUUGACCUGAAGUUGAUAGGGAGCAAUUCAGAAGUUCAUCAACUUUUCUAGUAUAAUCCUGCUUCUGAUCUAAAAGCAGCCUAAUAAAAAUGCCCAGAUGCUCCUUGCACAUAUAGACGCGAGCACACUGAACAUGCAGCUGCCUCAUUAACUGAUGUGUCAGGAGAAGCUCUGUGCUCAUGCGAAAUGAUCACUGAGGCAGUCUGCAUCCCCUGGGAGUCCUUUACCCUUGAACAGCUGUGGAGCUUUCAUUUACACCAUAUAUAACUGUUAAAAGAAGGUGUACGCAUCCAACAAAAGGCUGUUGGAGAUAUGGGAGAGAAUUGCCUUUCAUUCUUUUGCCUUCUGAACAUUGUAAUACAAAGCGCUGCUGUCCUGCACAUCUCUAAGCAAGGACUGUUUCACCUUGAAAUAAAGAUACAUAUACUUUUAACAGGUUACAAGGGGAGGAGGGACUGCAAGAUAUCUGGGGUCUUGAGGAUUCCACGUUUUGUGUAGCUCACAAAAGGAAAAGUAGAAUUAACGUUCCAUCACCAGCUGCCUAAUUUCCACUGUCUCCCUUCUCCUAAGUUUUGGAUCAUUGUAUGUUUGCAUCCGGGCAGAAGAGUCAGAAAUAAACCAAAGCUGAGAAUCUGCAAAAAGUGUCACCCCAGCAGCCAUUAUGGCCUCUUAAAUUUUUAUUCUAGGGGUGGGGGAACAAAUAUAAAGUGCUUUUUGUAAUUUUUGUUCCUACAGUGGUGCGUUUUUCAAGUCUUGGAUGUUGAAACUGUCUAUGUACUAUACUUGUUUAUAUAGCUGUAGUCCUGUACUUUUAUAGCUGAAAAUGUGAAAAAAAAUAAAUAUUAAGAGAACACAAUA